UUAAAAAAAUUUGUGUUCUGAACUUCGGAAGACGAAAUCAGCAAAAUUCGUUGACGCGUUGCUCCGCGUACCUGUGAAUUUUGUCUCUUCACCUCCUAGAACCGUGGAAACUAGUGAAUCGCAAAUCUUAAUCAAAUUAAUAGAAAAAAAAAAUAGUGCGACGUGUGUGUGGGGGAUUUUACGAUACUUGAGGAAAGGGAGGAAAGGGAUCGAAACCAUUUGGUGAUCGUAGAUCAUGAAAAGUGGUGGAACGACCACUGGGAUGUUUUAAUUAUUGCCUCAUUCUGCUGUACUUUUCCUCCCAAAUUCUCGGGUUAUUUUCCCACCAAAAAAAAGAUGGCCGGCGCAGAAAGUGAACCCGAAAUUAACACUAUUCUGACCAUAGUGUUCAAAAAUGUCUGGCACUAGUGAAAAAAAUUCCGUGUAUACAUCGUCGUCAUUUACAGCAAGUGUCGCGACUCAACUAACCUCAAUUUAAGAACAGUUUUCGCAUUUUGUUAUCGAAGGACCCAGAAAUUCAGCGCGGGGUUGUACAGAGGACGAACUUUGGGGAUGAUGCACCUGUCUGCGAGGGAUUUUUUGACUAGCGACAACCCCCGAAGUGAAAAUUAGUCUUCUACGAAAAGCGUCGUUUCCUGCUUAGCAUUCGUCAACAUACCAUUUUCCGACCAAUUUCCAAUUCUUGCGUGCAAUCGGCCUCCAAAAUGUCUUAUGCGUCAAUGCCAAAUGUUUUUAACUUAAACAGCAACAUCACAUGCUCCAAAAAUUCCAACAACUCCGCCCUUUCAGAGGUCUUGAAAUCGGACCCAGUGAAGCGUCUCUUCAACCAGCCGAAUAUCGUCAUCAAGACGAUUCCCCUGACUGUUCCUCAGAAUUCUCAUUCAACACAGCACAACGCAACAAAUGGCUUCGCCGACAAGAGAAACGGGGUAAACAAAGAAUUGCAGGCAUCAACUCCACCCAGCAUAUCUAUCCACGCAGUUAAACCCGGUCUCGUCGAAAAGAGCGACGAGGGAAGUCUCUUGCCCUCGAAAAAGGAGGGCAAGUCGGAAAUCACCCUACUGCCCAUAAAGCGCAAAGCAAAAGAGUGCGACCAUGUCGAGGCCUGCGAAACUAUCGUCUGCGACGUCCAGGUCGAGGAAUUCGACGAGGAGGAUGGUGACUCUCCUCUGCUGGCCGUGAGCAUCGACGAUGACGAAAUAGACGCGCCCGUCUCAAAGCACUGCAAAAACGGACAGUGCGAUGCCCUGAGUAUCGAUCACAGUCGAUGUCGACGAGCUUUAAUAAAACUCCAUCGGGUUGAUCGAAAGGGUUGCUGCGACAUCUGUGGCAUCCGGAUAAAGACCAACAAAGCUCGCGUUCAUCACAAAAAGUGUAAGAGAAAAUUCGAGUAUCGUCACAACGAGAAUGACGGUGCUCAGAUUUUGCGGGAGAAAAUGCGAGAGCGCGAACUCCAGAUGAUCGAGGCUGCCAAGACGAAGAAAAACGACUACAUGGACCCGGUGACUGGCUACAACAAAGCGAUGGAGGUUCUUCAGAAUAAUGAUGAACUGAUCAUCAUUCCCAAAUCCACAACUCAUCAGCAGUCUCCCAUCAUCACGAUAACGACUGUUCCCAACAGCCAAGUCAACUCGCAACAAUUCCCCAACAUGCGAGACGUCUUUGGCGGUUUUAUGGGCAACAUGCCAAUCAUGUUUUCUCAACAGAACAUGAUUAUUGGGAAACAGGGCACGGAGGACCGAACCUCGCCGCCGCCGGCCAAACAUCCCCGGAUGUCAGAGAACCUGAAGAACCUGUCCGGUGGUAAUUUGGCCCAGAUGCUGCAAAAUCCCUUCAUCAAAGUUUCGGGGAUGUCCCAGGGAAACUUUGUCCAGCCGAUGACUAUCAACGACUGGCUGAUGUCCCAACAAGUCGUCUCGACGCCAAUUCAGCCCAAACCCUACCUGACGCCGAUUCGCGUUGUGCCGAUUGCCAGUCUCAAGACACAGCCCUCGCUUCUUCAUCAGACUCAGGGCAUCCCCAGGUUCUGCAUCAUGGCGGACAAUGGUAUUCGGGCUCCAACGCCAGCCCAGACUCAGCAACAGCAGCAAAAACAACAACAACAACAGCAGCAUCAGCAACAUCAGCCAAAUGUAAUCAAAUAUCGAACGGUGCAACCGGCAGGUUCGAUUGAACACAAGUCGCAGCUCAGCUCGAGCGAGGACUCGAGUCUGAGGGCGAAGAACAAGAUUUGGAAGAAGAGGGAGGCGAGGCUGCGAAAGAAAAGGUCGGGGCGGAUGUUCAACUGUAGCUACUGUCCAAAGAGGUUCUCCACUGACUGGUACUUCAAGAUGCACGUGGCGAGGCAUCGGGGCGAAAUGCUCUUCUCGUGCAAGAUUUGCGAGAAGCCAUUUAGCAAUAAGUAUGAUAUUAAGAAGCACAUGGGAAAGGAGCACAAGGAGGGCGAGGUCCGGUGCGAGAUUUGCGGACUGAUUCUACCCUCGGAGGCGGACCUGCAGAAACACAUGAAGUUGCCGACGACCCUGAUGUGUGAGGAGUGCAAACUGAUGUUCAAGUCUUGCAAUGCGUUCACCGAGCACCAGAAGAAGCAUGGCUCGGUGGUGUGCGUUCAGUGCAGGAUUCAGGUGCCGAAGUUGAGGUACAAGAAGCAUCUGCUCGUUCAGCAUGGUAUGUCGAAGACGAAGGCUGACAAUGAGUGUACCAAGAUGAAGUGUCCGACUGACUGUGACUUUGCGAACGAGACUGGUGAGAAGAAGAGGAAUGGAGUGGAGGUGGAGGGCAAUUUGGAGGGCAAUGAAUCGAUAAGCGAUCAAGUUACGGAUGAUCAAAUGACGGAUCAGGGGGAGAUUAUUUUUGGAAAUAGAGGGAGCAACGGAAUUGACUCGGAUGACGAUCAGGAGAAUGAUAGCGAUGAUGAGGGAGUUUUGGAAAUUAAUGAGGACGAGGAUGAGGAGGAUGAAGCGGCGGCGGCGGUUGCGGCGAAGCAAGAAAAUUCUAGGGUUUCUUUUGAAUGUCCGGGCUGUGGAGAGGAAUUUUUCACGGAAGACGAUUUUGCUGAGCAUAAUAAUAUUUGUCUGAGAGCUGCAUUAAAACUUUCUUGUGCAAAUCGAGUCACAGAAAAUGGAAAACGAGACGAGGAUAAAGAAUCUUCAAAGUCUUCAGCAUCUGAAAUAGGCGAAGCUACAUAAAAUUCGAUGAUUUUCCAAACAUCAUCCAAUCGUUAGGCCUAAUUUGAUGU